GUUUUGAUGAUUAAGUACUUACUUUUAGUAUGUUUGAUCACAGCGCCUUUUGCCCAAACACCAGAGGCAGUAGUAACUCAUUAUGAUUUGGAAGGCAAUUUGAUAUAAGAAGAUAGCUCCUUAUAAGGAUCUGAGGACAUAAAUAGCAUGAAUUCAAUGAACAUGAAUUAAUAAGAUUUAGAUACAGGCAGCGUAGAUAUUAUUGGAACUGACAGCAUAGACUAUUCUACCCCUGAAACAGAAUCUUUUGAAAGUAGUAAUUUAGAAUCAGAAAUUAAUUAAGAAUAAAACAUGAAUGACAGCAUGAAUAUUGACCCUAAUUAAAUGAAUUCAGAGGAUUAAAUUAUGGUAAACAAUACUAUUGAGAAUUCAAUGCCUGAGUAAGACUCGAUGUAUAGCACUAAUGAUCCUAAUGAUAUUAGUGCUUUAGAGCCAGAAUAAUAAAUUGCUGAAGAAGCAAAUGUUAUUGAAAGCACUGAAGUUUCAAAUAUAGCAGAUGUAAAUUCUGAAGUGGUCAAUCAAAUAGACAAUAAUAAUUUGAUUGCAGAAUCAAAUUAGAUUGGUAAUGUAGAUCCAAACAAUUUUGAAAUACAAUAAGAUAAUUAAAUUGAUGUUUCAAACAUUUUAGAGUCAAAUCUUGGAUUUACUGACAGUAGUAUGUCAAAUAUUUAAAAUUAAAAUGAAGUUGAUCCAAAUAUGGCAUUUGAUAUUCUUACAAACAUGGAUGCAUUGCAACCUUCUCCAGAAAUGGAAAAUGGAUUUGCUUAAAGUGAAAUCAAUGUUGAAUAAACUAAAGGAAUGAAGACUGAAGAUGUUAAGAAUGAAGAAGGUGAUCCAGCUGAAGGUUAAGGAGAUGCAGGAGAAAGUGGACAAACAGAUGGGUAGGAUAGAUAACAUGAUGGAGAAAAUGAUGGAUAAAAUGAUGGGCAAGAUGGAUAAGCCGAGGAACAAACAGAUGGAUAAACUGAUAGUUAAGAUGCUUAAACUGAUAGCUAAGAUGCUUAAACUGAUAGUUAAGAUGCUUAAACUGAUAGUUAAGAUGCUUAAACUGAUAGCUAAGAUGCUUAAACUGAUAGUUAAGAUGCUUAAACUGAUAGUUAAGAUGCUUAAACUGAUAGCUAACAUGAUGGAUAACAUGACGGAGAACAUGAUGGAUAAAAUGAUGGAUAAACUUUGCAAGCAUCUCCAGAAAUCGAAGAUGGAUUCGUUCAAAGUGAAAUCAGUGUUGAAAAAACUUAAAGCAAAAAGACCCCCGUUAUUUAGAAUGAAGAAGGUGAUCCUACAGAUGGUUAAGGAGGUUCAGAUAGCUAAGAUUAAUAAGAUGGAGAACACUAAAGGGAACAUUAAGGUGAACAUGAUGGAGAACAUGAUGGAUAACAAGAUGGAGAACAUGAUGGAUAACAAGAUGGAUAACACGAUGGAGAACAUGAUGGAUAAAAUGAUGGAGAACAUGAUGGAUAACACGAUGGAGAACAUGAUGGAGAACAUGAUGGAUAAAAUGAUGGAGAACAUGAUGGAUAAAAUGAUGGAGAACAAGAUGGAUAAAAUGAUGGAGAACAUGAUGGAUAAGCCGAUGAACAAACAGAUGAAUAGGAUGGAUAAACUGAUAGUUAAGAUGCUUAAACUGAUAGCUAACAUGAUGGAGAACAUGAUGGAUAAACUUUGCAAGCAUCUCCAGAAAUCGAAGAUGGAUUCGCUCAAAGUGAAAUCAGUGUUGAAAAAACUUAAAGCAAAAAGACCCCCGUUAUUUAGAAUGAAGAAGGUGAUCCUACAGAUGGUUAAGGAGGUUCAGAUAGCUAAGAUUAAUAAGAUGGAGAACACUAAAGGGAACAUUAAGGUGAACAUGAUGGAGAACAUGAUGGAUAACAAGAUGGAGAACAUGAUGGAUAAAAUGAUGGAGAACAUGAUGGAUAAAAUGAUGGAGAACAAGAUGGAUAAAAUGAUGGAGAACAUGAUGGAUAAAAUGAUGGAGAACAUGAUGGAGAACAUGAUGGAUAAAAUGAUGGAGAACAAGAUGGAUAAAAUGAUGGAGAACAUGAUGGAUAAAAUGAUGGGCAUGAUGGAUAAGCCGAUGAACAAACAGAUGGAUAAGAUGGAUAAACUGAUAGUUAAGAUGCUUAAACUGAUAGCUAACAUGAUGGAGAACACUAAGGGGAACAUGGAGGGGAACGAGAAAGAGGCUAAUAAAACGAACUUAAAGCAUCAGAAUCCGCAAACAAAAAAUAAUUAGUUUAAGGAAACUGUAUUAUCAUAUAUUCUCAAUGCAACUUCAAGGGAGAAGCUUUAGAAGCUUGUAAUAGUCUCAGUGAAAUUGAGUAUUUUUAUUUUUUAUUUUAGGGAAUUCAAGGCAUAAAUUAGAUCAAUUUAUAUCCCACAAGGCUUAGGCUUGACUGUAUAUGAUGGUGAGAACUUCACUGGUAACAUGCAUAAAUUCAAAACUUCUUAAGAAUGCUUGACAACGCCAUUGUCGUUUGCACAAUUAGCCAAUUCAGGAAAUUAUUUGAAAGGGCAAAAUUUGAGGUCCAGAUAAUGAAAUAAUUAUAAAAUUCAUAAAAAUAUUAAUCUGGG